GUCCCACAGCCGCAGCAAACCAAGCCACUCCCGAACCAGCCGCGCCUAGCACAGCCCCGCGCCACCAUGCCUGCGUUUUCCGGCGACCCCACACAGAGCCACCUUCACGUUGGUGCUCCUCCACCACGCCAGUAAUAUUUCCAGCGAGCACGUCCAGCUACAGAUUACGGCGAACCAGCCACGCUGGCGACCUCCACGGGCCGUCGUCUUCAGCUCGAACCCACAACAAGCUUGUCCAUGCAGCACCUCCCGCCGGCGAGCACCAGCUCGUCCUCCAUAGCUCGCGCUCCGGCGAACACCUCACGCCUCCGCCGAUUCUUGCUCCCAGCUCGCAGCUCGACCUCAAGCAGAAGACCUUCACGUCGUUCCCAGCUCAGGCAGGCACCCACCGCGAGCUCACGUCGCGUUUCCUUAGUCCGGCGAGUCGCGCCCGUUCCAGCGACCGAUUCCGCGACUAUCAUGCUAAAAAAUUCUCAGGGCAGGGAGAUCCCCGCAUUGUAGACAAAUGGAUUCAGGGCCUGGAAUUUAUCUUCGAGGUCAUGGACUGUCCUGAUAGGUAUCGCGUAGUUUGCGCUCAGCUUCAGCUCACUGGCGAUGCUCGGCUCUGGUGGAAUGCCUACUGGAGCAUGCGUCCCGAUGAGAAAGCGGGAUGUACGUGGGAUAUGCUCAAGGAGCUAGUCCGCGAGAAGUACUACCCCUCUUAUUAUCGGGCAGAGAUGGAGCGUCAGUUCUUAUCGCUCCAGCAGGGCACUCGUACAGUUGAUGAGUACGAGCGAGAGUUUACGAGACUUGCAGCUUUC